UUUUGUCAAUAUAUAUCAUCUGCUUUUUGUUUCUUUCUAUGGACAUUGAGGGGAAAAGAUUCGCUGCUUCGGAUUAUUGUAUAGCUACGGCAUUUUUUGAAAAAAUACGGUGUUUUUUCGUUGCUUAUUCGAUUCAGAUGCUGAGAAACUUAGGGUUCGUCACGAGAAACUCUGUGAGAUUUUAGGUGCGUUGUUUUAUUGUCAUCCAAAAUUGAGAGUUUUCCUAUUGAAUCUUACACAUAAAAAAAAAAAGGAAAUUUUUUGUUUUUUAAAAAAUAAAAAUUAGAGAGAGGGAGAGCUAGGGGGAGAGAUACCCAAAAAAAAUUUGUGUUAAUCUGCUCUAUUUUAUAUUUUUUCCAACUUUUCCUUUGGGUUUAAUCCGAAAAGUAGACCUGAGAUCUAGAGUUCUAUAUAGAUUUGAAAAUGGCCUUGAACUAUUCACAUAGGCCCAUAUUUCCUGCUCAUAUAUCUGAGGAUAAUUUGGUGUCCCCAAUGAGGAUUGUGAAUGGGUAUCUUGUGGAGGGCAUUCCGGAUAAAACUGGGGAGGGUUUUAUUUGGCCAAGACAUACGAGUGGGGAGUCAGAGGAGUGGUUUGAGUAUGGGAGGGAGAGAGUUGAUAGCUGCGGAUUGCCAGAAUCGGCAUCUAAGGAUAUCAUUGACCUUCUGCCUUCCGACCCAUUUGAGAUGGGCGUAAGCACAUAUCCGAUUGAGAUGGCCAUAAGAACCACUGUUACAGCUCUUACUGGUUGGCUUAAGGACUUGGAGAUAGAUUGUGGAGGAUCACAGAGAGAUAUUGUUGGGCCAAUUAAGGAAGAUUAUAGCUUUUUGAUCUGGAACAAUGCCAUGAGAUUUCAGCAAUUCCCUUCCAAUAUUCAGUCACAUUACAAGUUGAAUGUAUCUAGUUGUAUGAAUCCAUCACACGAGAGGGCUGUGGGAGAUGAACUGCCCCAGUUUGGUACAUCAUCAACUUGCAGUACAAGAGACAUUGGCUUUAACAAUGGGUAUAGUAAUGAUUUUGUGCCAUGGAUUCAAGAGAAGGAUUUGGCAUGCCCUUCUGAUGACAAGGGAGAAGCUCCCCACGAAGGUUUGUCAUAUGCUUUAAAUUAUCUUGGAGUGAAGGAUCUUUUAUCAGUUCAAAUGGUGUGUAAAUCAUUGUGUUCUACUGUCAAAAAUGAUCCUUUAUUGUGGAGGAGCAUUCACAUUGAUAAGCCUUUAAAUGAGAGGAUCACAGAUGAUGUCCUCCAGCUAUUAACUAGCAGGGCUCAAGGUAGCAUGGAAUGCCUAAGCUUGGUUGAGUGUCCCAAGAUCACUGAUGAUGGCCUGAGGCGUGUACUUGAAGCUAAUCCACACUUGACAAAGCUGUGUGUUCCUGGAUGUACAAGACUAAGCAUUGAGGGCAUUAUGAAUAUUUUGAGGGCUUUUAAUUCUAAGAAGGGCAUUGGUAUAAGACACCUAAGAAUUGGUGGCCUUUACGGUGUGACUCAUGAACAUUAUGAAGGGUUAAAGUCCUUGUUAGGCGCAGAGAGCCUCAAGGAGCAAAAUGAUCCCAAGCCACAAUUUUAUUUGAGGGGGAGUGUUUAUCGCUUGUGUGAUGAUGAUUGUCCUAUCGAUAUUGAAGUAUGCCCAAGGUGUGAAAAAAUGAGGUUGGUGUAUGAUUGCCCUUCAGAAGGAUGUCAAGUGAAAGAUCGUGCUACUCAAGGAUGCCGGGCAUGCACCCUUUGCAUUGCAAGGUGUGUACAAUGUGGCAAGUGCAUCAAUGAUGGUCCAUAUGAAGAAACAUUUUGUCUGGAAAAUCUUUGUACUGAUUGUCGUGAUCAGAUAGAGAAUCAAGAGAGGCAUGAGGAGCCUAGCCUACGUAAGCAUCUUCAUGGCUAAGGCAAGAUAUCUGGUGUCUUAAUUAGGUGUUUUAUAUGGAAAAUUCCACUAUUAUAGUUUCUCAAGUUUGAGGAGAACACGUGAAGCAGCUGGUUGACUUUGAGCUCUUGCCUAUCAUUAUGUUCAAGGCCUACCAGCAGUUUAUUUCAGCAGUUUGAGAGAAACGCAUAUGCUGAAGGCAACACUCAAAAAAAUUUGCAGAUGGCUGAAGGAGGUGCUAACCUGGAUACUGUCUUCUUCCUAAUCAAUGGAUUAUCGCUUAUUUUACUGUAGAGCAUGUAAAACUAUGGCUUCAUUUUGCUGUUGGCAUGUAAAACUAUGGAUGGCUUCAUCUUACUGUUGACUGUUGAGCAUGUAAAACCUAUGAUCAUUUUUUUUUUUUUUUUUUUUUUUUUUUUUUUUGGGUUGGGGUUAAAAAUUACAUUCUAGGGGUUGUUCAUUCAAAAUUUGUUGGACAGUGGGCUAAGUUUUAGCACCAAA